UAAAGUUUUGUUUUGCAAUGGGUGGUAAAUCAAGUUUUUAUGAUGAUAUAUACAAUGAUUGAUUUUUGCAAUAUUUUUUGCCAAGUUCUUCAUAUAGAAUGUUACCACAUGCGAUCGUUGAUGUUUACGCAACUCUUUCAAAACAUGUGAGUUUGUAUGUGAAUCUCUGGUAUAUUUAAUUUUUAAUUCAAAUUUUGAUAAACAAUGGGUUCAAAUUCCUCGAAAGAAGUAUCUGGUCCAUUGGGUACGGUCACAAUUAAUGAUAAUAAAGAAAAUGUUCCUAUAAAAUCAACAUCUUCAUCACCACCCAGUGGUUGUCCAAUGCAUUCAAAUCAACAACAAUCAACAAUCGUUUCUGAAUGUCCAAUUAAUCCGGAUAAUCGUAUGCCAAUGGAAGCAAAUCAACAGCCAUCCGUUGGACAACCAUUUGAUUUGAAUAAAAAUCGACAAACAUCUACUAUACCGAAAUUUAAUCCAAAAGAUGAAAAUGAAAAAUAUUGGGUAUAUCCAUCCGAACAAAUGUUUUGGAAUGCAAUGCUACGAAAGGGUUGGAAAUGGCAAGAAGCAGUUGAAGGUAAAGAUGAAACAAUCAAUAAGGAAAAAUUUACAUCAGAAGAUAUGAGUCAUAUAAUUAAGAUUCAUAAUUUCAACAAUGAAAUGGCUUGGCGUGAAGUACUUAAAUGGGAAAUGUCAUUCCAUAUGAAAGAAUGUCCAUGUGGGCCAACAUUAAAACGUUUUGGUGGCCGGGCACAGGAUUAUUCACCAAGGGCGAGAAUUCGUGGCUGGUUGGGUUAUGAAUUACCAUUCGAUCGUCAUGAUUGGAUUGUUGAUCGUUGUGGUAAAGAAGUUCGAUAUGUGAUUGAUUAUUAUGAUGGUGGAUUUCUUGAAGAUACAGGAAAUUUUGCACUACUAGACGUACGACCAGCAUUGGAUUCAUUCGAAGCACUUUGGGAUCGUAUGAAAGCUACUUAUUGGCGAUGGACACAUGAAUAUUUUGAUUAUGGCCACAAACACUCAUCAUCAUCACAACAAGAAACAAAACAAUCUGGAUGAAUUGUUCU